AUGGAUCAUACGAAUGGAAAAGUGGUAGCUGGUGGCCAUGGCGAAGGAAAUCAAUUGGAUCAACUGAAUUGUCCAGCCGAUGUAUUAGUCGACAAAGAGACGGAUAGUCUCAUUAUUUGUGAUCGUGGAAAUCAGCGAGUCGUACGAUGGUCUUGUUGUGGGGAUACCCCUCAAGGAGAAAUUCUCAUCGAUAACACCAAGUGUUUUGGAUUGGCCAUGGAUGAUCACAGAUAUAUCUACAUCUCAAAUACUGAUACACAUGAAGUAAGACGAUAUCAAAUAGGAGACAAAAAUGGAACUGUUGUUGCUGGUGGCAAUGGCAAAGGUAAUAAUCUCCGUCAACUCAACUUUCCGACAUAUCUCUUCGUUGAUCGCGAACAGACUGUCUACGUAUCAGACAACUACAAUCAUCGUGUUGUGAAAUGGAGUAAAGAUGCAAAAGAAGGGAUCGUUGUCGCUGGUGGUCAAGGCCUCGAAGAUUCUCUGGCGCAAUUGUCGUAUCCUCACGGAUUGUUCGUUGAUAUGUUGGGUACUAUCUAUGUGGCAGACUCAUCGAAUAAUCGAGUGAUGCGUUGGCCUAAAGGAGCAAAGCAGGGCACUGUCAUCGUAGGUGGCACUGGUCUAGGAAAAGGAACCAAUCAGCUGCACGAACCCGUGGGUUUGUCCUUCGAUCAGCAAGGCAAUCUCUAUGUGACCGAUCGGCGGAAUAAUCGAGUUCAACGUUUUUCUAUUGAAUGGACUUGA